AGUCUUUCGUUAACUACACUCGCUUGCCUCCAAGAGUCUAUCGUUACAGCAUAGCAUAACACACUCGUUUAUACCUGUUAUUGUCGAUCACGAUCGCCACCAUGAAGUCCGCAUUGACUGCUGCCUUUGUGGCCUCUGCUUUGUUCAUGCAGCAGGCUGUAACCCAGAGCUGGGGUGAUGCACCGAGCUACUCAAGCCCUUCCAACUGCGACAACACUUGUAACUCAAACCAAGAGAGUGGCUUCGACUGGUCCAGUCUGUCAUCUGGCAGCUCCUUCAGCAGCUACGGCGGAUUCUCUUUCAGUGGGUUCAGCUGCCAGGACUCUUUCCAAGGCAAUACGAAGAGGUCUCUUCAGAGUCGUUCGAGUUUUCAGUCGAAAUGCAUUCAGGGCAAAGUGUCCAAGUCUUCAAACGGUGGUCCCAGCUUCUCCUGUGGAGCAGACGAUGCAUUUUCCAUCACUACUAUGCAAGUGUCUGUCUCGUAUGACACUGACAUCGACUGCAUCUUUUCCAUGCCUGACGGCUCAACCUGCAAGCACACAGCUUCUUGCCAGGCAGCUGGUACAACUAUCGAAAAUACACAGUGUGGUGGCGCCAAGGCCGUUUCCUUUCAGUUGCCUCCCAGCAGUGGUAAAAGCUCUUGUGAUAUUGGUAUUCACUCGAUUGGAUUCGACUGCAGCUCGUCUCCGACGACUUCUUCGACAACCACAACUAAGAGUACUACCACAACGAAGAGCACAAUGACAACAACGAAGCCUGUGACCACAACAACGACAACCAAAGCUCAGACAACUACUACGACCACAUCAGCCGUGCAGACUACCACAACGACUACGCCGGCUGUGCAGACCACCACUACCAAGGGUCAGACCACUACUACGACUACACCAGUCGUGGAGACUACCACCACAACCACCAAUGCCGAAACAACUACUACUUCUACCCCUACGACGACCACUACAUCGGCUGUGCAGACGACCUCGACUACAACCAAGGGCCAGACUACUAGCAGCUCCACUACAUCAGCUGUGCAAAGUACUUCCACCACAACCAAGGCUGAACCAACUACUACUACAAGCAGCACCUCCACUACGUUAGCUGUGCAGACAACUACCACCACCACGGUUCCCCAACUCUGGACCAGCACAACUACAACCUCCGCAGCUGUCUCUACGACCACCACUGCCACCGCAGCUGGAACAUCCACAAGGACAACCACAGUAGGUCAAACUUCUACCACCACAACGGUGGGCCAGAGCUCCAGCACAUCAUCCACCACCACUCCAGUCUGGGCUUUCUCGAGCACAACGACCACGAGCUCAAGUAUCACCACGAUUGCCACUACCACCACGACACCAGGCCAAUCCAGCUCAUCAACCACAGCAUCCUCCACCUCGACUUUCGUGAAGAGUGUUCCACCAUUCAAGUCGUCUGCACCCUGCCCACCAGUCCUUCCCAGCUGUCUGAAUACCUGGCUCCACUUGGUGUCUAAGUGCAAAUCCAACAGCGACUCCAAAUGCUUCUGCCCAAGCGCCCAAUUCAUCGCCAACGUCCAGGAAUGUGUGUCCGCGUGGGCCGGCUCCGACGACGAAAUCACUGCGGCUCUUUCGUAUCUGGCCGGUAUCUGCGCCGACUUUGUGCCCCAGAACCCAGGUAUCUGCACGGGUGUCCCACAUAGCAUCACGCUUGUUCCUAGCCCACCGUCGUCCAGCUGGGCUGCCACCACCACUACCGCUCCCACAGGUACCACGACUGGCGUUGUUGCUACCACUUCUGCCGCGGCUACUACCUCGACUACCACAACGAAUGGAAUCGGUCGAGGCUCAAGGCCUGUGUACUCUGGGUCCUGGUCUUCCACUUCUACGCCCACACCUGUCGCCGUUCCUGUAACGACCGUCACAUUCACGCUUGUGCCGACUUCGGGAGGUGCUGUCGUGACUACCGCGGUGACAGUGCCGCAAGUUACAUUCGCUACGGUCUCUGCUACUGGUACUGCGACGGCUGGUGGUGUCGGGCUGAUUCCUAUGCCUGCUGCAUCGGCAACGGGAUCGGGAUCUGGAACCUACUCUGGUACAUGGGGAUCAAGCUCAGCGGCUGCUGGGGGUGCUGCGUCGUCGGCAACUGGUGGCGCCACCAGUGUGGCAUGGGCGUCGGUGUCGGGUACUAGUACCGGUGUAUCGCCUGCGACGUUCACUGGUGCUGCGGCCAAGGGCUUCAGUGCUGAGUUUGGCGUGAUGGCUGCUGGUGCGAUGGCUGUCGUUGCUCUCGUUAUCUGAGUGGAGGUUCGCGGGUAAUGUGAAGGGGGGAAUGUGUAUAAGAUUGAUUUUCAAAGCAAAGAUGUGAUGGUAAUGGAAGAUGUACUACGGACAUUGAACUGAGCACAGCAGACAGAAGAGUAUGUUAUUGUUUUUGCUAUGUAAUAUGUAUUUGUGACCAUGCUGCGAGGACAG